AUGGUGGAGUUGAAUUACCAAGAUGUAUUUAUGCAUGAGGUGAUUAAAAAACUUUACCAAUGUGAACCAGAAAAAGCUUUAUGUGAUGGCAUUCGACCAAUUUUAGAUGAUGUAUAUUACGUUGCAUUUAUUUAUGAUGCCUAUGGCACAAAUGACAUAAUUUGUAUGUAUGUUGGCCAUGAUGGUGAUGGAGUUGUGGGACGGUUUGAUGAAGAACAAAAUGAAGGUGAUGAUAACGACUCAUGUGUUGAUGGUGUGGAAAAUGAAGUUAAUCUUAGGUAUGUGGAGGUUGAAAAUGAUGAAGAUGCUAUCCCUAUGAACAUUACAGCUCAUGUGUCACACCCCGCUAAACCGGAAACACGAGGCGUGGCAGCAUAA